UUAAAGUAGCCAAGAUUUCAAAGGAAACGUACAAUCGACUUCGUGACUUCUUUUUUCAUUCGACAUAAAAUUUUAUUUUCUCAUCCACGAGAGACAAGCAGUGCCAAAAUGGAUACAAAAUUUAUUUUCGCGUUGUUGGUUCUCAUUGUUGGUUCCGUAAAAGGUACUGAUGAUGAGAUCGAGAUAGUGGAGGAAGGUGAGCAUUUUGCAGAAAAGGUUUCAACAGGUGAUAAAGUUAUCACAUACAAGGUACCAAGUCACAGACACGGUAAACUUGCCAGCGUAAAAUUGGUUGUGGACCCCGAAACUGGAUACGAAUUUGCAAAUCUACCAGCAACAAAAGAAUGCUUUCUUCGAAAAUCCGACAAGGAUGAACCAUCCUUGGCCGAGGUCAAGAAGGCUGUUAAAGUUCUUAAGCAUUCUCUUCCAAAAAGCGGAGAAAGACGAAUGCAAUCGCUCUUACCAAAAGACUGCGAAGAUGAAUUUGAAAUUGUUGAAGGGUUAGAGAAUGCAGCAGAAAAGUAUUGUGUAAAGGGGUAUCAAAAAAGAUGCAUGCAAGUAGUCGAGGAUAAAAAGGAAACCGAAAAAAAAGCUGUCGAAAUUGCUAUCAAAGUAAAAGGCGAUACAGGAAAAAGGGCUCUACUUCGUGAGUUUCUGGCAUGCGAAAUGAGUUCAUCUAUGGUGAUUAUGUCAUGUGAUCAGAGGAAGUUGGAGGCUGAGUGUCACUUCCGUACGUCAUUCUGUGCAUACAAACUACGAUGUCCACUCCAGCUGUCUACCGGUUAUUGGUAUUGCAAAUACACUCAUGAUUUCUCGAAAGUAAAAUGUUGUGACUUUAAAUGUAAAGCUUAAAUUUUAUGAAAUAUAUAAGAAAGUUCAACAUAA